AUGAGAACUUCAUUAAGUUUCCUUAUGAAUGAUAAGUCUCAACUAAACAUGGCAAUCCAUCUAAUUGUAUUGGCCGCAAUAAUUAUAACUGUAGACUCAGAUACAAUAAUCCCUACCGCAGACAAUGAAGUAAUUAUUAGCUAUCGCGAGUAUGAAUAUGUAGAAAAUCAUUUCGCUACUAUGUUUUACCAGAUUACAAUGAAGGGUAAUGUGAAUUUCUUCAACCAAUUGUUCAUCGACAAUAAUUUCAAAGUAUUGCCUGAAUACAAAACAGCUAUUAAAAUGUACGGGUCAGGAAUUACUAAUGUAGAUUUCACAGACCCUGCAUUGGCGAGUCAUCAAAUAAAUAGCUGGUCACGAAUAAUUACUAAUGGCCGUAUCAGUACACUUGUUUCAGAAGCGAUGUGGGUCCACAAAUUUCAAGGUGACACUAUAUUACGGCCGUUUCAUAUCAAUGGUAGAACACACAAACAAAUUCCAAUGAUGCUUGUGAACAAUUUAUUCAAUUUCAAUAGAAUUCCUAACUGUGAUGCCGAAUAUAUCAGAUUACCAUUUAGGACUAGCAGUAGCAGAGAAAAUUUGAACAUGUACAUAAUUGUACCAAUUCAAAAAAAUGGUUUGCAAAAGCUAGAAGAUAACUUCCACAAAAUAAACUUCACUGCCAUUCACAACGACAAAGCUUUGUACCGAGUUGAAUUCUAUAUGCCUAAGUUUAAAAUCGAGACUACUGUGAACCUGAAUCAAGCACUCAAAGAUAUCGGGAUUGGUUCAAUGUUUGACGACACGGCCGAUUUUUCGGGUAUUUCAAAGAAUGGAUCCCUGAAAGUUGACCAAGUUUUACAGAAAACUUUCAUCGAAGUUGACGAGGAAGGCAGUGAAGCUUCCACUACAACAGCCGUCCAUAACUUUCAGCCAACAGAGACGAAACAUCGAGGAAAUGUCCAUUUUGAAGUCAAUCAUCCAUUCAUGGUAGUUAUCGCCAGCGACGAGUUUAUUAUCUUUGCAGGUCGAGUUAAAAAUCCUAGCGCGAUGUAUUAUUAA